AAAACACAACUCCAUUUUUAUCACAUCGAGUGCGAGAAGAAUGGGGAGUGAAGGUGAAGUAGAAAACAAAAAAUGGCGUUACACAUGGGAAGCACAAUCACACACACCAAACCUCCGUUUACUCCUUUUCCCAUUCCCAAUCUCCAAAACCCUAAUCCCUUCUCACAAUCUUACCGUUCAUCUUCAUUCUCCACCCACUUUCCUCAACCUCACCUCCACCACCACCACCACCGACCUCUUCUUUAGGGUUCCGAUUCCCAAUGUACUACUCGACGCCGACUUCCCUCCCACCGUUCGAUCAUUCACCGAUCACAUCGAAGUCAAAUUGCUUCUCUUACUUCCCGUCGACCACCCUGUUCUCUCCGCACUUCAUCAAACCUCGCCGCUUCCUCAACCUUUCUCAAUGGAUUAUGAUGUGGAUAAAUUAUCUUCUGCUGGAGAAGUUGAAUUUGUUUGUAGAAGUUGCCACUACGGUUUGACCAAAAAACCUAUCAGGAAUUUUGUUGAAAUGCCAUCGGCAAAUUGGAGGGAGAUCGCUGACAAUUGGUUUGGGACUUGUUGCUGUUCAUUUGGAGGUAUAAGUGAGAAGCUGGUGACGAGGUAUGUGAAUUCUUACACGUGUGCACAAGGAAUGUGCCUAUUGAGUUCUACAUCUGUCACUUUUUGCAAGGAUGAUCUUGUGGAAAGUGAAUUUCCUGAACGGUGUGGACAGGUGCAUGAGUGUAGUUAUGUAGCCGAUGCUGUUAGCGAAGACACUGGAAAUUUUGGGCUGAAUGAGGAAAGAACUUCAACCUGCAGUGAUGCUGGUGAAGCGAACGGUGCUUUCGAUGAAAAUGCUACGGUUGCCCAUCAUGUGAAUGGACAGCUUUCUGUGAAUUCCAAUGAAGUUGCUAACAAUGAACUUGAUUGCAGUGACUUCGCUCGUAUACGUCUAGAUUUGAAUGACAAUAAAGAUGUGACCAACAUUCAUAGUUGUUGUGCUCAUACGACAAGCACUCUGGUAGAGGAAGAUGGUGAACAUCAUUUAUCUACAAACGCUAGGAAGAUUGAAACUGUGGAAAUGGUGGGGAAUCAGAAGACUUUCCUUAAUGGUUUUCUUGAAGAUGUUUUCAUGGCUAGAUCAUCAAAUCUUUCAAAGGAUAUUUAUUGGCAUGAAUUUACAUGCCCGCAAUGCACUACUGUCCUUGGAGCCUACCCAUGUUGUGAGGGUUGUGCGCCUGUAGAUGGAGGAGUACGAUUGUUCAAAUGUUACAUUUCAACCUGUGUGCCAGUUUUAGAAUCAGGAGACAUUUUCAGCAAGUACACAGUGGAGAAAAUGUUUGCAAAUCGAUUGACAGAGUGUGCAAACGAUGAGUCAACAUUUCGGUUUGUUAUUAGAGAUCUGACAACCAAAUAUCCUGUCCUGCAAAUCAUUCUUUUAAAUCCAGAUACUUGGUCUUGUUCUGGUGAUUGCACUAGAGCAGAGGACAAAGACCCAGCUCUUAAAUUACAGCUACGACCGGUCAUCAAGGUCCUUUUUUCUGACUCCAAAGCUGCAACAGAAUCUCAAUUAAGGAUGAUAGAGGAAUGGGCAGCUAAGAAUUCAGCUGAAGACAUUUUCAUGCUAACUUAUCAAAUACAAGACCUGGUGGAUUCAUUGAUGUCAGCAAAAGAUUCAUAUCCACCUUCAUGUGCUUCCCUUCAUGGUUUAAUUUUGUCAUCGUUGCAACGUUAGUAAGAUACGACUCAACAACUCAUUUGGUAACCAAAACCAAAAGUGACCAACCAAUCAAGCUUAACUUGGCUCCUAUUAAUUUUCUGUAUUUUUUAAAAGAAAAAAGUUAGAUAGGUUAACUUGGCAGAAUAGGAGCCAAAAUGAACUUGACAGAAUAGGAGCCAAAAUCAAUUUGAUGAUAUUGAAGAUUGGAUAGAGCGACUGGUCUUAAUUUUUCUUCUUCGAGCAUUAUAUAACAUCACACUUUUUUGUAGUUGUCGAUCUUAGUAUGAUUAAAAACAUUACAUUGUAAUAAGAUUUUAAAAAAUUAUAUUAAGAUUGGUAUCCUAAAUGCAUGUACUUAGUUUCCUCUUAAACCGAAGUGUAUUCUUAAUCAAUUUCUGAAAGGUCAUUUCAACCGUCU